UCCCCCACGGAUAAACGACUACAUCACUACCCGCUCCGUAGCUUUGGUUGUCCGGACAGGACGGACUGAAAUUAUUCUUCAACCGACCACGACAGUGCGUGGUGCGUGCGGAGCAGAAUUUAUUUAGUGUUAAGUAAUUUAUUAAGUUCACAUACAACAAAAUGAGGGAAAUCGUGCACAUCCAGGCUGGCCAAUGCGGCAACCAGAUCGGAGCUAAGUUCUGGGAGAUCAUCUCUGACGAGCAUGGCAUCGACCCCACCGGCGCCUACCAUGGCGACUCGGACCUGCAGCUGGAGCGCAUCAACGUGUACUACAAUGAGGCCUCCGGCGGCAAGUACGUGCCGCGCGCCAUCCUCGUGGACCUCGAGCCCGGCACCAUGGACUCUGUCCGCUCCGGACCUUUCGGACAGAUCUUCCGCCCGGACAACUUCGUCUUCGGACAGUCCGGCGCCGGUAACAACUGGGCCAAGGGACACUACACAGAGGGCGCCGAGCUUGUCGACUCGGUCUUAGACGUCGUACGUAAGGAAGCAGAAUCAUGCGACUGCCUCCAGGGAUUCCAACUCACACACUCGCUCGGCGGCGGUACCGGUUCCGGAAUGGGCACCCUCCUUAUCUCCAAAAUCAGGGAAGAAUACCCCGACAGAAUUAUGAACACAUAUUCAGUUGUACCAUCACCCAAAGUGUCUGAUACAGUAGUAGAACCUUACAAUGCAACACUGUCAGUCCACCAACUCGUAGAAAACACCGACGAAACCUACUGUAUCGACAAUGAGGCUCUCUAUGACAUCUGCUUCCGCACGCUCAAACUUUCCACACCUACAUAUGGCGACCUUAACCACCUGGUGUCGCUCACAAUGUCCGGCGUGACCACCUGCCUCAGGUUCCCCGGUCAGCUGAAUGCGGAUCUCCGCAAGCUGGCGGUGAACAUGGUGCCCUUCCCGCGUCUGCACUUCUUCAUGCCGGGCUUCGCUCCGCUCACGUCGCGCGGCAGCCAGCAGUACCGCGCCCUCACCGUGCCCGAACUCACCCAGCAGAUGUUCGACGCUAAGAACAUGAUGGCGGCGUGCGACCCGCGUCACGGCCGCUACCUCACCGUCGCCGCCAUCUUCCGUGGUCGCAUGUCCAUGAAGGAGGUCGACGAGCAGAUGCUCAACAUCCAGAACAAGAACUCGUCGUACUUCGUUGAAUGGAUCCCCAACAACGUGAAGACCGCCGUGUGCGACAUCCCGCCCCGUGGUCUCAAGAUGGCGGCCACUUUCAUCGGCAACUCCACCGCUAUCCAGGAGCUGUUCAAGCGCAUCUCUGAACAGUUCACCGCUAUGUUCAGGCGCAAGGCUUUCUUGCAUUGGUACACCGGCGAGGGCAUGGACGAGAUGGAGUUCACCGAGGCCGAAAGCAACAUGAACGACCUGGUGUCCGAGUACCAACAGUACCAGGAGGCCACCGCCGACGAGGACGCAGAGUUCGACGAAGAGCAAGAGCAGGAGAUCGAGGACAACUAGGCCUCUUCCCCUCAGCUCUAGUAUACCUACGUCACACUCGUAACCCCUCCCCCCUUCCCCUCCAGCGCCCUCCCUGUCGCGGCCCACCCGCUGGGACGCUUGCAUUUCUUCGCUUAGUACUCGUACCCGUAUAGUUCUGGACGUGAUUUAUUGUAUGGCAAACUAGGGAGUUGCGUUUACAUUCCCCAGUGUUUUCCUUGUCGACGAAGGGCAGCUCUCGGAUGUUUAUUGCAAUAAACAGUGCCUCAUGCGACGUGAGCCCUUCGACCGAACAUCCGCGCGGUGCUGUGACAGUUGACACAUGACACAAAAAAGGAAAAGAUCUUUUUUUUGAUAAGGCUGAACUUGAUUUUUUUAAUAAGUUUAAUUUUAAUACUUCGUUUGUAACCAGUGUGAUGAGUAAUAAGUUGGCUUUUUUUAAUAAAAAGCCAAUGUAUGUCGUACAAUAUUUUCGAAGUCGAUCAAACGUUUUUUAAUUAUAAUAUUCCAGCUGGUGAGUAAUAAAGUAUAAUGAUUUUA